CCCAGCGCGCACUGCUCAGCGCAGUGGGACCCAAGCCCUGCUUCGUGUCCCCGCUGCUGCUUUCUCGGCCGGGCAUCCCGGCUCUCUCGGCGCCCUCCCGGCCCCGGCCCUCCGAGAUUCCCCUCGGCAGGGCUCCACUCCGAAAGACUUUGCUUCCUCCUCUGCCCUCUUUGUUGCUCUGCAAACCGGCCUCUCUGCAGCCCUUAACUCCACUCCUCCCGGAGUUGCAUCUCCAUCCCGGCGGUCUCCGUGCACAGCCCCGCCGGCUCCAACACCUUGCCUCCGUUCGCUCCGGGAAGCCGACCUUGACUUCAUUGAUGCACCCAUUCCAGUGGUGUAACGGGUGUUUCUGUGGCCUGGGACUGGUUAGUACCAACAAGUCCUGCUCAAUGCCACCCAUCAGUUUCCAAGACCUUCCCCUCAACAUCUACAUGGUCAUCUUCGGCACAGGCAUCUUCGUCUUCAUGCUCAGCCUCAUCUUCUGCUGCUACUUCAUCAGCAAACUCCGGAACCAGGCACAGAGCGAGCGAUAUGGCUACAAGGAGGUGGUCCUUAAAGGUGAUGCUAAGAAGUUACAGCUCUAUGGGCAGACCUGUGCAGUUUGUCUGGAAGACUUCAAGGGGAAGGAUGAGCUAGGCGUGCUUCCGUGCCAGCAUGCCUUUCACCGCAAGUGUCUGGUGAAGUGGCUAGAAGUACGUUGUGUCUGCCCCAUGUGCAACAAGCCCAUUGCUGGCCCCACGGAGACCUCGCAGAGCAUCGGGAUCCUGCUGGAUGAACUGGUAUAAGUGCUCCUUGCGCAUGGACGCUGGAGAAGACUGCUUACUUUGGGCACCUGGGUUCCUCUCCACAAUGAACGUGACUCACACUCACCUAAAGGCAAGGAUGACAGAGCUGAGCUUCUACCAGCACCGCUGGACCAGUACCAGACUUGUCCAGCCUCUGCCUCCCAGGGCUUCUCUCCGUUAUCCAUUUCCAAUAUCCUCAUCCAGGUAGACUACUCCAUCUUGGUACCGGACUGACUAUCCAUCCACCUCCACCCACCUCAUCUUUGCCCUGGGAAGGAGUCAACUCGGUGACUGUGAACAUGGGCCCUUCCCUUUGGAGAACAAGUGACUCUGACCUUGAAAGGGUGAGGUGGCUCUGCCCCACCCACAGCCUUCAGUCCUGCUAGAGCCUUCCAGGGAAUGGUUUCCAGGGGAAAGGAAAGAAAGUUCAAGAAACCAAGAUGAAAGGCUCUAUAUGAAGUAAAGGAAGGCAGGGACCUAAAACAAACAAACAAACAAACAAAAGGGAAAAGUCAAUGUUUACAUGGGAUAUCGGAAACAAAGGCCAGCCUCAUCCUGGCCGACUGCAGGGUGAUGGGACCAACCCUGCCCUGUUAGGAUCUGAGGUGCUAUUCAUUCUCUCCCUGGCCCUGCUGAAUCUCAGAGCCCUCUCUAUAGGAAAGGGUCCAAUCCUCAAGCCCAUUUUCAGGGGCUUUUUUUUUUUUUAGAAGCAAAAUGGGCCUUGGGAUGGGGAUGGUCGGGAAAGUACAGUAGUGCAGACGUCUGCUUCUCCCUCUGUGAAUAGUAUUUUUUAUACUUCAGCUUUGCCAUCUCAGGCUUUCCACAUGCAGCCCCGCAGGAUGGAGGGGGUGGAGCGUCCCCUUCCUCCCCUGAGCGGGGUGGCUGAGAGUGGGAAAAAGGUUAUGUAUUUAAAGAAAAUUAAAUUUAAUAACAUGUUUCUCUAAUCAAA